AGCGAGAGGCGGCAGCCGGACUUGGAACGGUUUUAGACACAGUUUCGUGGUCCUUAUCACAGGACAGAGGCGCUGAUUACGACUAGCCAUAGCCAGCUUCACACACAGCGCUCGGAGCGCCUGCGCCGGCGCCCAAAUUAGUGAUUAGCUCGUCACCACCGUCUCGGCCGCACGCUGCCGCCGACGCGAUAAAGUCAUCAGAGGACGCGCCGCGCGCACGAAUAAAGAGCCAAGCGGACCAUGGUCUCCGUCUUCUCCGGCGAGGUCACGCGGACGUGGCGCUUCCCCGAUUCGGAAGGAAAGGGCCACGAAGUUGUCCUAUACCACCACCCGUUAACGGGCGCGAGAGCGGCGAUGGUCGACCACAAGGAGCUCCACAAGUCGCUGGGCACGUCGAGCAUCUUCCACAGCGCGGAAACGAGACUACCCUUCGAGGCCGGUUCUAUGAAGGGAGAAAUUAUUAUUUUGCGAGAUUCCAUGACAACCUUCGCCUACCGCUGCCUUGUCGAUAACAAGGACGUCCCCGAAGCGACAGCAAUUGCUUCUCGCCCUGCUUACGACCGCAGCGCGCGAGAAACGAGGCCCGGGCCUCAGCUCCAGGUCUUCAGCGUCCGCGUCGUGGAGUACUGCACGUCGAUGUGCCACGUGGACAACAAGCCUAUUACGUGGUACGCGGUGGACGCCUCCGCGCGCCUCGCGAACGGUCAAACGGCGUCGACGCGCGUCCACCGGCGCUUCCGCGACUUUGUCGAAUUUGACGAGACGCUGCGGGCGUCGCUGACGGGCUACGCCACGAAGGGAAGUUUACCGAAGCCGCCGCAGCGCAAAGCCAAGUUCAUGGCGGAUCACCAGGACGACGCCUUCCUGCGGGAUCGCUUGCGAGAGCUUGAUACCUAUGUGAAGAAGCUCGUCGAAGUGCCGCACGCGUGGCUGUCGACGGGCGCGCCCGCGUUCGUCGGGCUGAGUGAUGCCGUGCGCGAGUACUCCGUGCUGUUUCGGGAGAAGACGUUGGGCUUCACGCUUGGGAGGGCACCUCCGAAAGCGGACGGCGCUCUCCCCGACUUCCCGGCGUUCGUCUCGGAAGUCCACGAGGACCUGGUUCUUCGACCGGGCGACCUGCUGUCCAAGGUGUCGGGCCGGACGACCAGCAAUUUGGCGUUCCAGCAGUGCGUCGCCGCGCUCAAGUACUCGUCGAGGCCGGCGAUGCUGCACUUGCUGGCGCCUUUGAAAGGGCGCGACGUCGUGCCGCCGCCGCCUCCAGCUGACGAGGAGAAGAACCCGUUCAUGUGAUAAGAUAUCCGCUGUA